AUGACCGCCGAAGAAAAGAAGGGGCAAUCUACCUCUGGUAUUCGCUCAGGACAUGAAUUGAAUCAAGAAAAGCUCGAAGCCUAUCUCUUGAAGCAUGUCGAAGGUUUCAAAACCCCUUUGCACAUUAGUCAAUUCCAAUUUGGACAAUCCAAUCCUACCUAUCUCUUGAAAGACGGAAACCAACAACAGUACGUUCUUCGCAAGAAACCACCAGGUGCUUUGCUCUCCAGCACAGCCCAUGCUGUAGAAAGAGAAUAUCGUAUCAUUCAUGCUUUAGGGACAAAGACAGAUGUUCCUGUGCCCAAAGUCUAUGUCCUGUGUGAGGAUAACGACGUUAUUGGAACACCUUUCUACGUUAUGGAGUUUUUGGCUGGUCGCAUUUACGAGGAUUGUCGUAUGCUUUCAAUCCCCUUUGAAGAGCGCAGAAAGCUCUGGUUCUCUGCAAUUGAGACAUUGGCAAAAUUGCACCGUGUUAAUUUCAAAGCCAUUGGUCUCGAUAACUAUGGUCGUCAUUUAGGCUUCUAUGAUCGCCAAAUGAAGUCCCUGGGCAAGGUAUCACAAGCACAAGCAAAUGUUCAAGACGAGUAUGGACAAGCAGUUGGGCCUCUUCCUCGUUUGGAUGAAAUGUUUGCAUGGUUCAAAAAGAAUCAAGUGAAGGACCAAGCUACUAUCGUUCAUGGUGAUUUCAAGAUUGACAACAUGAUUUUCCACCCUACUGAGCCGCGAGUGAUUGGUGUGCUUGAUUGGGAGCUAUCUACCAUUGGACACCCAUUGUCUGAUCUGUCUAACUUAUUACAGCCUUUCUAUGUUCCUGCCAGUGACGAUACCUCCGUGGGCAUGUUGGGCUUCAAAAAUUCCAAGGAACCAUUGCCUGUUCCUGAAGCCAAUGAGCUUAUCCAACAUUACUGCAAGACAUUGGGACAACCCUAUCCCAUUGACCGCUGGAUGUUUGCAGUUGCCUUCUCAUUCUUUAGACUGGCUGUUAUUUUGCAAGGCAUCGCUGCUCGUGUUGCUCGCAAGCAAGCUUCCUCUGCUCAAGCCAAGAACUAUGCAGACAGAUUCAAGCCAGUUGCUCAAAUGGGCCUCGCUAUUGUUGAUGAGGGAAACCUGGAUCAUCCAAGCAGCAAACUCUAA